UCGGUUCACCCAAGUUUGCAGACUAUCAAUCAUCAACGUUUGAUCUGUAACUGUCGCAAAUCCGUAGCACACAUUUACAGCCAACUAAACCAUCAACAUGGCAUACAUGUUCGUAGUCAUCGCCGCCUCCGUCUUGGCCACCGCCUGCGGAUCUCCCGUUGCAGCGCCCAUCUACUCCGCUGCUCCGGCUUACUCGCCCGCCCCGGCUUACUCUUCCGCCCCGGCUUACCCAGCGGCCGCUUCCUACGCAGCCCCCUCAUACUCCGCUCCAUCAUACAAGCCCGCUUACAAGCCGGCGUACGGCCAAGAAUCUUACGAAGCUCCAGCCCCAUACAACUUCGAGUACUCCGUGAACGACCCACACUCGUACGACGUCAAGAGCCAACAGGAAUACGCCGACGGCAACGGUUACGUUAAGGGAUCGUACAGCCUGGUCGAACCCGACGGUUCCACCCGUACUGUUGAGUACACCGCUGACGACUACAACGGUUUCAACGCCGUCGUCAAGAAGGAAGGCGGAUACGCCGCACCGGCUUACUCCGCACCGGCCUACAAGAGCCCGUCGUACUCCGCACCGGCCUACAAGAGCCCAUCGUACUCCGCCCCGGCCUACUCCGCCCCGGCUUACGCCGCCCCGGCCUACGCCGCCCCGGCCUACUCCGCCCCGGCCUACAAGAGCCCAUCGUCUUACGCCGCACCGGCCUACAAGAGCCCGUCGUACUCCGCUCCUUCUUACGCCGCCCCGGCCUACAAGAGCCCAUCUUACGCCGCCCCGGCUUACAAGGCUCCGUCUUACUCCGCCCCGGCUUACUCCGCUCCGGCUUACUCCGCUCCGGCUUACUAAGCACACCUUCAUUGUCAACAUCAUCAUCACCACCACAACCGUGAUGCUCGAUUGCUCCAAAACGCAGUUUCACAUUUAAUUUAUUGUUAUUUAUUUAUUUCAAUGUAAAUAUAAUAUACAAUUACAUAUUUGCAAAUCCGAAAAUCUCAA